CGCCGAGCUGCUGCAGGCGCUGGCGGCCGUCGCCGCAUGCGCUGAGGGCGUCGAGCCGCCGCUGCGCAUGCCGCUGGCCACGGCACUGCUGCGCGCGCGCGGGCUGGGCGCCGCCGUGCCGGCCGCGUGGGCGCAGGAGUCGCUCGAGGACCUGGCCACGCGCGUGUACUUCCGGCUGCGCGUCGCCUGCGAGGCCGCGCCGCUGCCGGCCGCCGGGCUGUGCUUCGUGCUGCCGUUCAUGCAGGCGACGGUCGACGCCGGCGGCUGGGGCCGCACCAUCCGCCGCGGCGUCGAGGAGCACGACGAGUACGCGCAGAUGGACCACGCGGCCGAGCAGCUGACGAUGGUCGUCGACCUGGUGCGGUUCCACGCGCACCUGGCGGCCGACGCGUCCAUGCCGCGCACGGCCGUCGUCGAGCUGCUGGUGCAGCUGAUGGCCGCGCACGCGCAGCUGCUGGCGCCGGCCGCCGACGCGCUGCGGCGCGUGGCCGAGGCCAUGGAGGGCAGCGACGGCGCGGCCGAGCGCGACGCGCUGCUGCGCGGGCUGCUGCAGCCCGACCGCGCCGUGCGCGCCGCGUGCCUGGCCGCGCUGGACUACGCCGACCUGACCGACCGCGACCACGCGCCCGAGCUGUGGGUGUGCGUCGGCGGCGAGGGCAGCGGCGCGCCGCAGCUCGAGGACAGCGCGCGGGCCGCGCGCGCGCUGUGGGAGGAGAACGGGCUUGAGGCGUCGUCCGCGCUGGUGGGCGCCGUCGUGCCGCUGCUGGCCAGCGCCGCGCCCGAGGUGCGCGCCUGCGCCGCGCGCGCCGUCGCGCUGGCCAUGCCGGCCAUCGCCGCGCUGGGCGCCGAGGAUGCCGCCGCGGCCGUCGACGCGGCGCUGGACGCGCUGCUGCGCGCGUACCGCGCCUGGUACGUGUCGCUGGAGCCCGAGCUCGACGCCUUCGGGCUGGUCGUGCCCGGCACGCAGAACCGCCGCGACGUGGCCGACGCGCGCGAGGCCGUCGCCGAGGCGCUGCUGCACCUGGCGCCGCACCUGGCCACGUCGGCGCAGGUGCAGCGGCUGGUGCGCUUUCUGGUGCACGAGCGCGUGCUGGGCGAGCGCGCCGAGCCCGUGCGCGCGCGCAUGCUGGCCGCCGGCGCGCGCGCCGUGGCCGACCACGGCGGCCGCUGGGCCGGCGACCUGAUGCCGAUCCUCGAGCGCUUCCUCGAGGAGCCCGACGAGGGCACGGCCGCGUACGACUGCAUCCGCGAGGGCGUCGUCGUGCUGCUCGGCCGCCUGGCGCAGCACCUGCCCGCGGGCGACGACGCGCGCGUCGACGCCGCCGUCGGCCGCCUGGUGGCCGCGCUGGCCACGCCCGCCGAGUCCGUGCAGCGCGCCGUCAGCGAGUGCCUGCCGCCGCUGGCCAAGCGGCUCGGCGCCGCCAGGCAGGCGGCCGUUGUCGAGGAGCUGCUCGAGGCGCGCACGCUGGGCGGCGCGCGCUACGCCGAGCGGCGCGGCGGCGCGUACGGGCUGGCCGGCGUCGUCAAGGGCCUGGGCCUGGCCGCGCUCAAGCGCUUCGCCGUCGUCGACCGCCUGCGCGCCGCCUGCGAGGACAAGAAGGAGCCGCUGCGGCGCCAGGGCGCGCUGCUCGCCUUCGAGACCAUGUCGGCCGCGCUCGGCCGGCUGUUCGAGCCGUACGUCAUCCAGUUCGUGCCGACGCUGCUUGUGCUGUUCGGCGACCCGAGCCCCGAUGUGCGCGACGCCGCGCUGGACACGGCGCGCGUCAUCAUGGCCAGCAUUAGCGGCCACGGCGUCAAGCUGGUGCUGCCAGCCGCGCUGGCGGGCCUGGCCGACGACCAGUGGCGCACCAAGAAGGGCAGCGUGGAGAUCCUCGGCGCCAUGGCCUUCUGCGCGCCCAAGCAGCUGUCCCUGGCGCUGCCGGCCGUCGUGCCGCGCAUCGUCACCGUGCUGGCCGACUCGCACCACCAGGUGGCCGCGGCCGCGCGCGCCGCGCUGCUGCGCUUCGGCGACGUCAUCCACAACCCCGAGAUCCAGGCGCUGGUGCCCACGCUGCUGGCGGCGCUCGACGACCCGGCGGCCAAGACCGACGGCGCGCUGCGCAGCCUGCUGCACACGGCCUUUGUGCACUACAUCGACGCGCCGUCGCUGGCGCUGGUUGUGCCGAUCCUCCAGCGCGGCAUGCGCCAGCGCGCGGCCGCGACCAAGCGCAAUGCCGCGCAGAUCAUGGGCGCCAUGGCGACGCUGACCGAGCCCGCCGACCUGGCGCCAUACCUGCCCGAGCUCGUGCCCCUGGUGCGCGGCGUCCUGGUCGAUCCCGUGCCCGAGGCGCGCGCAACUGCCGCCAAGGCGCUUGGCUCGCUGGUGCAGCGGCUCGGCGAGGAGCGGUUCCCGAGCCUGGUGGCCGACCUCAUUCGCGUGCUCAAGAGCGACGCCUCGGGCGUCGACCGCGCUGGCGCCGCGCAGGGCCUGUCCGAGGUGCUCGCCGGCGUCGGCAUCGGGCGCCUCGAGUCCCUGCUGCCCGAGAUUGUCGCCAACUGCACCAGCGCGCGCGCGCCCGUGCGCGAGGGCUUUGUCCUGCUGCUGAUCUUUUUGCCGGCCACUUUCGGCGACGACUUCCGGCCGUUCCUGCCGCAGGUCGUGCCGCCGGUGCUCGCGGCGCUAGCCGACGAGGUCGAGCUCGUGCGCAGCGCCGCGCUGCGUGCCGGGCGCAUUCUUGUGGCGUCGUUCGCGCAGGGCGACGGCGUCGAGCAGCUGCUGCCGGCGCUGCUCGACGCCAUGCAUAGCGCCGCCUGGCGCAUCCGCCACUCGGCCGUCGAGCUCCUCGGCGAGCUGCUUCUGCGCGUCGCUGGCAUCAGCGGCAAGCAGGCGGAGCGCGACCGCGAGGCUGCGCGCGCCCUGUUCUUCUCCAAGCAGAGCAGCGAGGAGGAGGGUGAGGCUGGGAGCGGCGCUGAGCUGGACGAGGAGGACGAGGACGAGGAGUCUGCCAUCGACGAUGCCGCGAUUGCCAGCAACCUGCGCGAGAUCUUGUCGCAGAAGCUUGGCGCUGACCGCUGCCACGCUGUUCUGGCCGCGCUCUAUGUGACGCGCAGCGACAUUUCGGCGUCUGUGCGGCAGAUGUCCUUUACUGUGUGGAAGAGCCUGGUCAGCAACACGCCGCGUACCGUGCGCGAGUGUCUGCCCAAGAUCAUGGACAUUGUGCUGGUCGGCCUGGCCUCCGAGUCCUACGACCGGCGCACGACUGCUGCGCGCACGCUGGGUGACCUCGUGCACAAGCUGGGCGAGGCCGUCAUGUCGCGUGUCGUGCCUAUUCUUGAGCGCGCGCUGGCCACGCCCGAUGAGACAUCCACCAGCAGCGAUGCCGGCGGUAUCCGCCACGGCGUCUUCAUUGGCUUGUCGGAGAUCCUGGCGUCUGCUGGUAAGAUCUACAUUGACAUUUACGCCGAUGCGAUGAUCCCAUUGGUGCGCCGCGGACUGUGCGACGCCGACCCGAUGGUGCGCGAGGCCGCAGCAUCGGCGUUCAACGCGCUGCAGCAGACCGCCGGCCCGCGCGUUAUCGACCUUAUUGUGCCGCCUUUGCUCAACGACCUGCAGGACGGCGGGUCGCCGUUUGCCCUCGAUGCCUUGCGCGAGCUCAUGGCUGUGCGCGCCAACGUUGUAUUCCCCGUGCUCAUCCCGACGCUCACAAAGGUCCCCGUCUCGGCGUUUAACGCACGCGCACUGACCGCGCUCAUCCAGGUGGCCGGCGCUAGCCUGAGCAAGCGCCUGCCGCUGAUCCUGCGUGCGCUCUUCGACUCGAUGCCUGCACACCACGGGGACGAGGCGGCGGCUGCGGCGCUGCACGAGACUGUGCGCAUCAUUGUGGCUGCGGCGGCGCAGGACGAGGAUACGCUGGAUUCGCUUAUGCUUGAGUUCCACGAGUGCGUCAAGGUGCCCAAGAGCUGCCUUCUGGCGGAAGCGCCGGCGGUCGCGUCGAGAGUCGCUGAGGCGUGCUUUGGCAUGGAGGCGAUGUGCCAGGCGUUUGGUGCUGGCUCGGCCGGCCGCGGUCGCUCGGUGCUCGGCCCGCAUGUGGCCGACUGGCUGCGCAUUUUCAUCGACCUCAUGGGUACGGUGGGAAGCCCCAAGGUCGUACAGGCCAGUUGGAGCGCCCUGGAUGCGCUGUGCAAGACUGUGCCCAAGGAGGACUUUGACGGAUAUGUUGGGCCUGUCAGCCGCGCGGUGCAGCAUGUGACGGAGUCGCUGCCUGCCGGUCAGCGCACGCUGCCCGGCUUUGACCUGCCCAAGGGCCUUGGCCCGUUGCUGCCGAUUUACGCCCAGGGCUUGUUGACUGGCUCCCCGGAUACGAAGGAGCGCGCUGUUCGGGGAAUGGCCCGGAUGGUCAAGUUCACCGACCCCUCUGCCCUGCGGCUCUUUGCCACAGGCAUCACCGGCCCGCUCAUCCGCAUAGUCGGUGACAGGCACCCGGCGACAGUCAAGGCCGCGAUCCUGUCCACGCUCGGGCUCCUUCUGGCGCAGAUCCCGGCUUUGAUGCGGCCGUUCCUGCCGCAGCUGCAGCGCACUUUCGUGCGCGGUCUGACGGAGACCGACGAUAUUGUGCGCCAGCGCGCGGCUGUGGCACUUUCGGCGCUUAUCCCGCUGCAGCCCCGCCUCGAUCCCCUGGUAUCCGAGCUCACCACCGGAAUUCGCCAGACUGACGACCUUGGUAUGAAGAUGGCCAUGGUUAAGGCCAUCUGCGCACUUGUACGCGCUCCCAAUGCCUCCUCCUCCCUCUCGCCCGCUAGCUUCCAGGCAAUCGAGGAUGCCGUAUGUCGCACAGCAGAUGCGUCCGCUGUGGUUGAUUCCCGCUGGCUGACACUGCGCAGCCAAGCCUUUGGUGCUCUCUGCGCUGUCCUUCCGGAGGAAUCUGCGGCCGUGAAACUGGUCACGCAGUACGCCAUUUCCGCAUCCAACGACUCUGCCGUAGAACAAGCAGUUAAGCUCGCAUUCCUGUCUUCUGCAAUCUCCGAGCGUCCUGAAAUAUUCACUACCGCUGGUGGUGAUAUAUUGGCGAGCGUGGUGGCGAGUGUUGAGCGUGGGAUGGAGUCUAGUGGGGAUAUUGACCAGGGUCUGGCGGCAAUACAGGCGAUUCAAGUAGCCAAGAACGCAUUGCUCUGUGAUACUCUUACGCCCAACGGCGAGUCACCUGCGGCACGGAGCCUGGUAGCUGCGCUUAUUCGCACCGUUGAUCCGCAGACCAUGGGCUCAUUUGAUACCGACACCCAGCAUGCCGCGAUGCUUGCGCUGAAGACCUUGGCUAAACGCAGAUUUGAUAUUAUCCGACCCGUGCGCGAUACCAUUGUUCUGGUGGCGAUUGCACAUGUGAGGGAUCGUGUUAUUACGGUGAAGUUGGCGGCGGAGAGAUGCUUGCUUUAUGCUUUGAGGCUGGCAAAGCUUUCGGAGGAGGAAACCGGGGAUGUUGCUGGAUUGGAGGAGUUUGUACGGGAUGUUGGUGAGGAGAAGGGGAGAGCGGUUGUGGAUUAUCAUCGUAGGGUUUUGGCUAAAUUGGCUGAUUCCACUAGGGAACUGGACUAUGUCAGUGAUGUUGAGGCUAUUGACAACACUGAGGAGUAAGUUGGAUCAUGGAGUAAACAUUUUGUUGCUGUUGUGUUGUUGACUACUUUUACCUUUUCUUUUUGGUUAUAAUUUAAUCAUAAGUAUUUUCUCUCUUUUCCUCUCUCUCACACAUUAUUUUUUUUGCUUUAUUUCAACUUUUAUUUGACUUUUCGAAAAGAAGAAAAAAAAAAAGAAAAAA